AUGGCAACAAAUCGUGAAUUUUCUGACGGACUAGUAGUUGCAUAUCCUGUAUGCGCUGCUGAUAAUACUGCCGGAGCCCUUCGCCGCCACCGGACCCGGCGCCUUGCUGGUGGAUCUGCUUUGAGUCAUCAGGCUUCCGAGUUUCCACUGCCGCCGUCGCCAUUCUGUAUGAUAAUUCACCGCUUGGGCAGAUCGCAGAAUAAAAAAGAAGGGUUUCGUCCCGGCCAAGUUAUGCUGAUGUCGGAUGUUUGCACAAUCAUUAUGCAGAUUGAUUCUAUAAACCCCGACAAAGAGGAUGAAUGGAUCUCCUCAAGUUAUGCCUACCUGAUUGAAGAUAAAGUGCAGAGGAUGGAUGUAGCUGAUGGUAGCUCAACAACAGUGAAGGAGAAACAAGCCAGACUGAGGAGCUGGAAGCUGAGGAUUAAAGGCUUGAAGAUUGAGGUAUUGUGCAAAGGUUUUGGAGAUGAGGAACAAUCAAUUGAGCCCUUGUUCUUCAGAUACUAG